UCACUUGUCAGUGAGGAGUGGUUGUCACAGAUGAUGGCUUUUGUGAAAUAUCAGACAUCAACGACUAGAAAAAAAAUUGCCAAGGAUGAAGAAAAUGAUGCGCUUAAUGAAGUCAAAGACGCGAAUCGCCAGAAAACGCAACAUACAAGUCAAUGUAGUUGGAAUGUACUGCCUGUUGACAAGAAUAUAUCACGCUGUCACAAAUGUGGUCAGACGUUUAAAAGAAAGAUUUAUUUAGAAAUUCACAUGAAGAGUCACAAAACAGCGGGUGUGCAUCCGUGUAUCAAAUGUCCACAAAUUUUUAAAGCGGAGUUAGCGCUAGAUUACCACUGGGAAGCCGAACACGGAGGAUGUGUUCGCGAGGUCGUUAAAUGUCAGCAUUGCGGUCUGGCGUUCAAUGAUCAAGCUCUUUGUGAGGAGCAUGAGGGUAGACACGUGUGUACGUGUAAGAACAAACACAGCGAUUGGAAAUACGACAUAGAGGUCGAGAAAACAUUGAGGCCGCUCUUGAAGAGUCGUCAAAGUCCGGACAGGAAAAGGAAUCAAAGUCCUGAUGGAACGAAAACAAGUCCAGUUUGGCGAUUCCGAUGCGAUGUCUGUGGGGAUAUGUUUAAAGAGCUUGGGCGAUUGGAGACUCAUAUGCAACAACAUAGCUCGUUCCCGUGCACGCAGUGUCCGAAGUUGUUCACUAACAAAAUAUCACUGAAAAUCCACUGCAAGAGCUGCCAUGUGAAAACAGUGCAAUGUAAGUGCUGUGGACAGACGCUACCACAAUCACAUAACCGCCGAAAGAGUGCAUGUAUUUCUUGUGAGUCAAAUUCUUUUAGGUUUACAAAAAAGCGUGCAAAGCAGCGGAACACCGAUGACAGACCUAGACAGAGGAACGAAUUCUCUAUGAAUAACGAGAAAUCAUCUUUUUAUCAGGGGAUGUUUACAUAG